AUGUAAAAGAAUGAAGAAACCAUCAAAUUAGACACUUCAAAUCUAAACACAAUACUUAAUGAUGAAGAAUUCUACUCUAAACCUUUAAAUGCUGAAAGUAAUAUUUUCAAAAGGAUAUUCCUAUUGAAUGUUUAAGAUUACAUGAAUAAUCUAUAUUCUGAAAUAAUAAGCAAAGAUAUUAAAUUUAAUUUUUCACAUACACCUCCACUGUAGGAUAGUUAGAAGAUUCAAGUUGAAUUACUUGAGAAUCUUCUUAAUUAAAAAUCUUGUGAUAUUACGAAGAUGUCUCUUUUUAAACUGUUUUUCCUCUAAUAAAAAUCAAAAUUUGCCUUAAUUUUAUUUGUGUUAGCACUUUUUUCAAUCUCUAAAUGUGGAAUAUCUAUUUUACUAUCUACUCUAAUAGAUUCAAUAUAAUAAGACUUACAAAUUAAAUAUGCAUAUGGGAUAGGAUUGGUGUUAUUAAAUGGAUUAUCAAUCAUUUGUCAACAUUAAUUCUAUUCAAUUGGGUAUGAAUACUCAACAAUAGUAAGAAUGAGUAUGGCUAAUAUACUCUAUCAUAAAAUCUUUAAGUUGCACACUUACCAAAUAAAAAGUACUAAUUAAGGAAAAAUAAUCAACAUGAUUUCAGCUGAUUUAAAUUUAUUGGAACCUUUCUUAAUCUAUAUGUUUGUUGUAUUUAAUCUACCUAUAGCCUUAGGAUUGACGGCUGCUAUUUUAUGGAUAAGAUUUGAUGGUCCCUAAGGUUUAUUGUUGUUGGCUCUGCUAUUUCUAGCUUACCCAAUUUAAUUAUUUUUCACUCAUAGAAUCACAAUUCUAGUCAAAAAAACUAAAGAAUAUGCAGAUUAACGAGUUAAAUUGACAAAUGAAUUUAUAGAGGGUAUUAGGUUAAUUAAGAUGUAUGCUUGGGAGCAGUCCUUUAUUAAGAGUAUUAGAAAUCUAGCCAAUUAAGAACAUUUUGCUUAUAUUUUAACUCAUCUCUAAUAUGUUAUAUUGAGAGGAACCACCUUCUUUAGUCAAAUGUGGGCAAGUGCAAUUUUUUUUAUGAUUAUGCAUUACGGAAGCUUUUAUGAAAUUAAUGUGUCUAUUAUGUUAUCAACAUUAUAAUUGGCUGCCUUUGCCAGAUUUUUUUGUGUUAAUUUGUCAAGUUUUGGAUUAGAUUUUAUUGCAAAUUUAAAAAUAGUAUUAGAAAGAAUGAGAGUUGUUUUGUCAAUGGAAGAGAUCACAUAAAUUCAGUAUCUAGCGGAUUAACAACAAAAAGAAGAAGGAUUAGUUCUAAGAAAUCUUGAAGGAUAUUGGAAUAUACAGGGACAACCCUAGAUUAAAUUAUCUUACAAAUUUAACUUGGGAUUAUAUGCAGUUAUAGGAAAAAUUGGAUCUGGAAAGUCGUCAUUAUUGAAUGCAAUUAUUGGUGAAAUGCCUAAAACAACUGGUUCAAUUUUGUUAGAUGGGGAAGAUAUUAAAAAUAGGAAAGUUGGUUAUGUAGAAUAAGAACCUUUCAUAUUUCCAGCUAGCUUUAAGGAGAACAUUUUAUUCGGAAGACCAAUGGAUGAAUACUUAUACUAAUAAGUGCUGGAAUAAUCUAAUUUGAUUAUGGAUCUUCAAAAUAUGGACAAAGGCGAUAGCACCAUGAUAGGGGAAAAAGGUCUUACAUUAUCAGGAGGAUAAAAAGCAAGAUUGAGUUUAGCAAGGGCUUUAUAUGAAGAUGCCGAUGUAUAUCUAUUGGAUGAUCCAUUAUCCGCAGUCGAUGCUAAAGUAUCUAGGUCUAUUUUUAAUAAUCUUAAAUUUUUGGCCAAACAAAGAAUAAUCAUAUUAGUUACACAUUAAGUAUAGUUUGCUCCAGAAUGCGAUUAAAUUAUUAUUAUGAAUGAAGGCCAGAUAAUGGCAAGUGGAGAAUUUAAAGAUGUAAACUAACAUUUAAAUCUAAUUACUGAUACAUUCUCAUAGCAAGAAUAAUAAGUUUAAUAUAAAAACAAUGUAACUAAAUAAGACAAUGAUUUAUAUAAAAAGGAGGAAUUAACUUCAAAGCCUGUUACUUUGGAUACUUAUAAGAGAUUUAUUAAAUAAUGGUAGUGUCCAUUUUUAUUAAUAUUCAUGAUAAUAUUUUAUCUGGGCUAGGAAAUUCUUCUAUAAUUAUACAUUUUCUUUAUUUCUGAAUAUGAGGAUGAAGGUUCCUUCUUUUUAUUAAUUGGAAUGUUGUGUAUUGGAGCAUUGGUAUUAAAUUUAAUAAAGUAUGGAAUAACCACUUUUAGUAUUUUAUCAGGAACGAAGUAAACUCAUGAUUAGAUGAUAAAUUCAUUAAGUCAAAGUCCUAUAUCAUAUUUUGAUACUAAUCCAUCAGGUAGGAUACUUAAUCGAUUCUCAAACGAUAAAAGUUUAUGUGAUUUUACUAUGAACUUAUCACUAUGGGAAGUAUUCGAAUUAAACUCCUAUUUUAUCGUCUCUAUUGCAUUUCUGAUAUCAAUACUCCCUUAUUUCGUAAUAGUAAUGUUUUUCAUAAUCUGCUUUUAAGUAUAUAUAUUAACAAGAUCUUACAAAAUUAUUAUAGAGACUAAAGAAUGUGAUUCAAUCUAAAAAAGUCCGCUCUUUGAUUUCUUUAAGAAUACCUUAAAUGGAAUUGUGUAGAUAAAAUUAUACAAAUAAUAAUAAUAUUUUAAAUAAUUCUUUAAUUAGUUGUCAAAUAAUUGUAUUAGAUCCAAUUUUACUUUUUAUUAAUGUUCAACAAAUUUUGGAUAUAAAGUUCAUUUAUCAGGAUGGUUUGCAUCAGUAAUUGGCACCAUGAUUGUGAUUGGAGUGUAUGAAAAUCAAUCUGUAUUCUCAUAAGCUUUAUUGAUUUUAACUAUCUUUAAUGAUUAAUUUUAAUGGUGUAUGAGACAGAUGAUAUAAGUACAUGCAAUGAUGUCAUCAUGCUAAAGAAUGUAUGAAAUUAUUGAUUUAAAACCUGAGGCUCCUUAAUAUCUUGAAAUAAUUUAAAAUUGGCCAACCAUAGGCGAGGUGAGAUUUGAAUAAGUUGAAUUGAGAUACAGAUACAAUACACCAUUAAUUUUAAAAGGAAUCAAUUUUGAAAUUCCCCAAAAGAAAAGGAUUGGAAUAAUUGGCAGAACAGGAGCAGGAAAGUCUUCAAUACUAUAAGCAAUGUUUAGGAUGUCAGAAAUAGAAAAGGGAUCGAUUGUUAUAGAUGAUGUUAAUAUUUAAAAAUUAGGUUUACAUCAAUUACGAUCUUCGAUUGGUAUAAUCCCUUAGAGCCCAUUUUUAUUUAGUGGAAGUAUUCGAAGAAAUUUGGAUCCUUUUAAUGAAUAUACAGACAAAGAAUUAUGGGAUGCUUUGCAAUAGACAUCAUUAGACGAAUACAUUAGAAAAUUGCCAAAACAACUUGAUUCGGAUAUGACCUAAGUUAAUUCUAUUUUUUCAGUCGGAUAGAAAUAAUUAAUUUGUUUGGUUAGAAUCAUACUGAGUAAAAAAAAGAUUAUUGUUUUGGAUGAAGCAACAGCUAAUUUGGAUCAGAAAACAGAUGAUCUUAUUCAAUUAGUAAUUAGUAAGUUUGAUGCGACUAUUAUAACAAUUGCACAUAGAUUGAACACUAUUGCAGAUUACGAUUAUGUGAUGGUUAUGUAAGAUGGCAAAAUUAUAGAAUAUGAUAAACCCCUAGUAUUGUUGUGUAACUCAAAGGAUGAUUUAGAAAUUACCAAAAACACUGAAUUUGCUUAAAUGGUAAAAGCUACAGGAAAUGAAAAUUCAAAAGUGAUAUUAAAAUUAUCAAAAAGAAAUAACAAAUGA